AUGUCUUGGGUUCGGUGUUGCCUAGACAGGCCGAUAUUGAAGCGGCGAUCACAGAAAACAUCGGGGCCACUCGAUGAACGAUUUGGAGAUCCCUCCAUCAGUGGGCCUAUGGAAGGUGGAUGGAAUCAGAUAUCACCAUCACCAGACGCUAAGGAAAGGGGCUUUCAAUCAGCAAAUGGCACAUCCGAGCAAACGGCUCGAAACACUGGGGGUGACCUUGUACGGACCCGUUCAAAGCCUUGGAGAUGCUCCCCGCGUGGUUUCGGGUCUCGAACAAAUACUGAGCUGAUGGACUCCAGCAAAUCACCGAAGGAAGAUACGUCAACGGCGAAGGAUAAAGCCGACUUUGUCUACAAACCUGCUAGUGGCGAUUUUUUGAAGACCAUGGCUGAACUAGGGAAGCCGAAGAAUGGGCGUUAUUCCUCUGAAAUGGCCCCUUCUGUCGUCAAUAACCGACAUACCUCAUUGCAAAGCAACAGCUCUCUUGAACCAACACUGCCCGGAGAGAUCCCACGGCACCCUUUUCACCAGGACUUCUCCACACGCAGCCAGUCUCCCGCUAAUCGAACCUAUUCCAACAAAUCCUCCAGCCCAACAGAGCACUACUUCGACCAGCGAGCUUCAGCUACAAAUCAUAGCGCAUCAGCGCGAAAUUCAUCUGCAAGGGAUGAGGACUGCAGCAGCUAUACGACGCCGAUGGAUGUGGAGAAAUCGCCGAGAUCCAUAAUAUCAGACACGGUUCCUGUACCAACAUACUUGCCUUCCAACCCUGCUCCAUCUGAACAAAACCGAAGGAAACGGAAAACCAAACCCAAGCGAGUGGUGACUUCUGAGAUGGUGCCGUCUACAAACGACCUUUUUGGCUGA